AUGGAACUGAAGAAUCCGGUGAGGUUUACUCUCGGAAAGCAGUCGUCUUUAGCACCGGACCGUGAAAGGGAUGGUUCCGGUGGGUUCGAGGAAGCCAUGGAGGGCAUUGAUCCAGGUGUUCGCUUAAUGUACGCAGCUAAUGAAGGGAAUCUUGAUGGUAUCCAGGAGCUCCUGGAUUCCGGCGUUGAUGUCAAUUUCCGGGAUAUUGAUGACCGGACGGCGCUUCAUAUCGCCUCCUGCCAAGGUUUGACUGACGUGGCUUCGCUCUUGCUCGACAAAGGGGCCGCAGUUGACCCCAAAGACAGAUGGGGAAGCACGCCCCUUGCAGAUGCCAUAUAUUACAAAAACAACGACGUUAUUAAGCUCUUGGAGAAGCGCGGUGCCAAGCCUCUGAUGGCCCCAAUGCACGUCAAUCAUGCUCGUGAAGUCCCGGAGUAUGAGAUCAAUCCUACUGAGCUUGAUCUCACUAAUAGUGUGCAGAUAACUAAGGGAACUUUUCGGUUAGCAUCAUGGCGUGGGAUACAAGUUGCUGUUAAAAUGCUCGGGGAGGAAGUACUCUCGGAUGAGGAUAAAGUAAGGGCAUUCAGAGAUGAGCUAGAUCUGCUUCAGAAGCUAAGACACCCUAAUGUGGUUCAAUUUUUGGGUGCUGUUACUCAAAGUAGCCCGAUGAUGAUUGUGACAGAAUAUUUACCGAAGGGAGAUCUUCGUGAGUACCUUAAGCGAAAAGGUCCACUAAAACCAGCAAAAGCUGUGAGAUUUGCUCUUGAUAUUGCAAGGGGUAUGAAUUAUCUACACGAGACCAGACCAGAACCAAUAAUUCACCGUGACCUUGAGCCUUCAAAUAUAUUGCGGGAUGACUCAGGACAUCUCAAAGUUGCAGACUUUGGUGUUAGCAAGUUGCUAACAGUGAAAGAAAAGAAGCCUCUAACUUGCCAGGAUACUUCUUGUCGUUAUAUGGCCCCAGAGGUUUUCAGAAAUGAAGAAUAUGGUACCAAAGUGGAUGUCUUUUCGUUUGCAUUAAUACUACAAGAGAUGAUUGAAGGCUACCCUCCAUUUUCUAACAAGGAAGAUCCUGAUGUUCUUAAAGCCUAUGCUGGAACUGAGCGUCCUCCUUUUAAGGCUCCACCAAAGUAUUAUGCGCAUGGGAUUAAAGAGUUGAUCGAGGAGUGUUGGCAUGAAAAUCCAGCUAAACGGCCAACUUUCAGGCAAAUACUGACAAGACUGGACUCUAUUUACAAUAGAAUUGGGUACAAGAGGGGUUGGAAGGAUAGACCGUUAAAAUGUUUCCCGAAUUUGGAAGCCUUCUUGAAGAAAGACCAAAGUCUAAGUGGGCGCGAUGGAUCUUCACGCUCAGCCAGCCGUGUGUGA